AUGAACGUAUUAAAAAGGCCUCGAAUUGACCAAGGGCUUCUUUACGACACAAUUCAGCUUGCUCAUAUGAACACAAAUAUAAAGGAAUCACCUUUGUUUAACCACUACAUCUGAACCCACGACAUACAUUCGCUAAUUCCCCAUUUUUAAGGCAAGCAAAAAAUUGAAAAUCGUAUUUUGAUGAAAUUAGCACUAUUUUCAAGCCAGAAAAAUUAUUUUAUUUAGAAUUAACAAUUAUUAUACGCUAUAUUCAGCUUUUUCUAUUAAAAUUUAACAGAUUGCAAUUUAAAGCAUUAAACUUAUAAAAUUAAUUAGAUUUUUCUUUUGUGAGCGACCAAAAAAAUCUCUCUUCAUUCUUAAAGAGAAAGUAAGUAGAAUCCCAGAGCCUGACUUAGAUGAAGAAACCUCUUUAUCAGCUCAAGGCCGCAUGAAGAUAAAACAGGCAAAAUUUCAAGGAGAAUCCUUUGACGAAAUUCCUCCUCUGAAAAUAAUCCAGACAAAGUCUCAAAUUACUCUUGAUAAAACACACCCAAGCACAAAAAGAACGGAAACACUAGAAGCUUUAGAAAACUCUGAAAUUGUAGCCCAGGAUAAGCAACGGCAUAAUAAAAAGGAAAAAGUGAUUGGGUUCACAGAUACAAUGAGGAACCAUUUCGAGAUCGUGGAUAAGUUACUGAACCAGAAAAGGGAAGAAAGGAUUAUUAAAGAAAAAAUUGAUGAGCUGACAAGGAAAUCUAAAAGUAUGAAGCUACUUGAUGUGAAGAAAUAUGAGAAGAUUUACCAAGAUUUGUUUAAUACAAAUGAUAUUCUAUCAAAUGCUACUGCGAGGAAAAAUUUAGAUCUCAUGAGUAAUAUAGUGAAUGUUCAUAAAGAAAUAAGUCCAAAAGAUCACCAGAUUUCUACGUUUCCAGAGAUUUCAAAUUCGAGGAAUGCAUAUAAGCAAAAGUCUGUUAAGGUAUUUUAAAUGUAGAAAAAUGUUGGGGAAAAUGGGUUUCUACCUUCAGAACGAAUAAAAAAUCUGAAACUCAAAGAAAAAGAAGCAAGAACAAAUAGAAAGUAUAAUAGAUUACCUUUCACUGUAAAUCAUAAGCAGCUUUAUAGAGGAAUUACUGAUGAAUUAUAG